AAAAACAAAAAAACAAAUGGUAUAUUAGUUUUAAGUAUUUAGUAACAAAUACAUUAGUUUUAAUUUUAGAUAUUUAUGAAAAUGAAUGUGCAGCAAAGCAGGUCGGAUAACCUCAAAUUCAGGUGUAGCACAACACUCAAUGUACGUUGUACGAGGUGAAAAUGGAUGUAUAUCCUUAUUCAAAAUUAAAUGCGUAGCAAAGCAGUUCCGAUAACCUCAAAUUGACAAUAGUUCUUCGAUUGAAUUUGCCAUAAAUAAAAAAUGAGUGGAAACACUGAAAAAGAUAUACUACUUGAUGAAGUUAUCAUACAAAUGGUGAAACCAAACAAUUUUAUUUACGAUAAGUCGAAUGACAAAUAUUAUACUGAAUUUAGAUCGCAACGAACACAAGUUUUCGAAACUAUUUCCCAAGCGAUUUAUCAACUAUACGAAGUGCACAUUACAGAAAAAGAGAUUGAAGCGAGAUGGUUCUAUUUAGUAAAAAAAUUCAAAGGAGAAAAAGCAAAAAAACGCAAAUACCAGCCAUCUGGAUCAGAAAGAAAACCCGAAGUGACCUGGGAAUUGUAUAAUGAGAUGAGUUGGCUUGAUCCAUAUCUGAGUCAUGAACUACAAAUUUCUUCAGACGACGUGGAGUUUAUAACAAAAUCUGAAAUCACCAAUAAAUUUUGUCGGAAACGAAAAGUAGAUGAUGGCGAUGACUUACAAAAAACCAUUGAUGAAAGCGUAAAAUUGAUGAAAAUAAUACAAAAUAAUGUAGCAACUACCACGACUGAUCGAAUGCCAGAAAUUGAACCAUUUUUAAAAUUAAUUGCAUCUGGUUACAGUAAAAUACCAGAAUCAAGAAAAUACCAAUGUACGAAGGAAAUAAUUUUGUACAUUGUAGAAUUUAAGAAAAAUAUUGAAUAAAAAAACGUGCAUUUAUAACCUUUAAUUCUUAUAGUUUUGUUAUUUCAUUGUUUACAUAUAAAUAUAUAUAUAUAUAUAUACUAUGAAAAACAAAAGGUUUUUUUAUUAUAAAUUUUUAAUAA